CUCGUUUUAUGUGGAGGUCUCUAAGUUUCUUUAGUCGGUCGGAUUGUUUGAUUUCCUUGGCAUUUGUAGACAUGGUUAGUUUUAUUUUAAAGUAAAUUUUAGUAAAUUAAAUUUACAUAAUAAUUAAUAAUAUUAUGUUUAUGCAAUAUGCUUGAGACAAAUAUAUUCGAGUAGUUGUCACUAAUUGUACUCUAGUCCAUGAACAUACUCUUGUCACAGAUUAUUGUUGUUAUUGUUCAGUGUAGCCAUUUCGAUAACUUAUUCAAUUAUAAAUAGGAUACUAAUAUCAAUUGUUUAUUAAUAAAAAUAAUAAUCUCGAACAACAAAACCUGUUAGUUAAUUAUUAAGUAUCUAUUUUCUUUCAAUUAUUACUAUAUAAUAUUAUCAAUUUAGUUUUUUUUAUCUCUAAUUCAAAUGAAUUACGCGUCGGCUACCAAAGUUACGAGGCGAUGACAUACAGUGUCAGUCGUCUAAAAAACAUUACAUAAAAUGUUAUUUGCUUAUAAAUGUGAAAUCAACACCUUCACUACUGUGAGUACUUUCCUACUCUUAAUUUAAAAUAAAACAUAUGUUCUACUUUUACUGGAACUAAACUAAACACAAUGGUUGUCGUUACACAAGUUUAAUAAUUAAAUAAUUAUUAUCCUGCAAUAUUGACUGUGACAUGUAGUAUUACACUCAUAAUAUUAGACUGAAAUAUUUACUAUGUUGUCUAUAUUAGUGUCUCAUGUAAAGUGUUCAUCAUUACUACUAUUGAUAAAUUAACAAUGAGCGGAGUACUGUUCCGAGAAAUUCAUAAAAAUUCAUGGUUAAGAAAACUUCCAGCUGGCGUUGACAAGAAAUCUGCUCUGAAAUUAUCUGGUGGUCAGAAAUUAUGGACUGUGUUUUGUAUACAUGAUGACACAGAACCAGUGUUAGAAUUUUAUGUAGAUCAAAAGAAAGCAGCGGCUCAUCGUCCAGACAACAGCGUACCUUUAUCUGAUACCGUCCAUGUUUCUGCCACUAUAUGUCCAUUACCUGUGAUGGCUGGUGAUCAUCAGCAACAAUAUCAGUAUGAGUUUGUGGUAACUCUUACUUCAGAUGUUAUACGUCUAGCGGCCCCUUCAUGGUUAAUAUGAAGUUUUUAUUUUCAAUUUUGUUUUCUUAUAAAUACAGUAGAAAUGUAAUUUGUGUUAAUUUUUCCCUUUUGUAGGAAUCAGAUGAUGGAUUGGGUACAAGGUUUAGAUAUGAAACUACGUGAAAUGCAUAUUUUGUCUCCAAAAGAAAAUGUUUAUACCAAACCUCCUGAGUCUAGACCUCCAUUAUUACCAACUAGAGAUCCUAACUCACCAUUACCACCACCUCCACUGCGUGACUUGCCAACAAAUGUUUUACCAGGUGUUGAACCUGUUGUUGCUGUAGUACAAUCAAUAGGUAACCCUUGCAUGCACAACAAAUUGCGUUAAUUGAGUUUAUAUUAUGUUUGAUUAUAAUCUUAGGUAGGGAUGAAAGUCUUUCUUCAGAAAAUGAACAAACACUUCUUACACCGCCUAUUAGUCCUAACCCAAUGUAAGGGAAUAUUAUGGUAGAAAACAAUAUCUAUACAUUUUCAACAAUUUCUUAAAUUUGUAAGUAUGUAUUUACAUUUUCUAGGAGUCCUAGUGAACCAGUGAAUAAUGUUACCAUUGUAGAAGUAUUAAAUCAUAAUCAAGUAUUCAAUUUCAAUCAAAUGGAGCAAGUGCUAAAUCACCCAAAUCAACUAUCUCUACAAACAUCAUCUGAACCUAAUACUUCUAGGCCCAGUACAUCAACAAAUUCUACCACUGAAAAUCUCACUGCAUCUCCAAGGCAGUCUAAUAGACACUAUCAAAACCGCAAUGCAUCUGUUGUAGAAGAACUGAUUUUUAAUACUAGAUCUAGUAAUCAUACAGAAUCGAAUGAUAGAACAACUAAUGUUGAUAUUCAACAAAGAUUUACUACUGAAGUACCAAAUGAAGAUCAACGAAUCAGAACAACUGAGUCAGAAGAUAGUAGGCCUAGAAGAAGACAAAAGAGACAAGAAGUUGCGAGUGCAACUCUUGCUACUGAUCAAGAAGCAACUAGCAAUUAUGAGCAUUUAGUAUUACCUACAGUUAUACAACCAAGACCACCUGUUUUGUCUAAUUAUGUUUCCACAGAUACUAUUGCAAUAUUACCAAUAAGACCUCAAGUAUAGUUUACCAAUUUUCUAUUUCUUAAUUUAAAAUGUAUUUAUUGAUGUUUACUGUGUAGGUGCCAAUAGGUCGAGGUCGGGGAGCUCGCCGUAAAGUCAAUAAUGAUAAUUCACAUCCUAUAGUAGGAGCUGAUCGGAUUCGUGUAGCAGCAAAUAGUAGCCCCCGGAUAUUACAGCCAGUUCCUACACCUUUUAUCCCAGUAAGUCAUUGAUUUCAUAAUAAUUACUAAUUAUAGUAGAUUCUCGUUAUGUCAAAUUUCAUGGGGAGCGGAAAAAAGUUUGAGAUAUCGAGUUUUUAUCUCGGUACUGACUUAACCAUUUUAAUGAACAUUUAUCAAUGUUCAAAUAAGCAAUCAUACUUAUUUUAGAUUCUGAGUGGAGCAAAGAAGCUUUUAGUUUUACAAAGAUUUUUUUUUUUAUUUGUGCGCAAUUUUUUUACCAAAAGACUUGCUUGAAUUUCUUCGAGUAGCACCUUUUCUAAAAGAAAAUUAGCAUGGGGAGGUUUCCUCGAUUUCCUAAAGAAUUUUCUCAUCAAAUGUGAACCUGGAAAAUUUAUGAAAUAUACAUUUUUUUUCCUGUGGACAACUUUUCUAUCAACAACUUUGCUCCAACUUUUAAUGAUAAUAAAGUUUCUAAAAGGAAAUUUCACUAGCGAAGUACUUUAGAGAGGUCAUAUUCUGAUUUUACUAAAAAUUUUCCCAGCAAAUAUGAAAAACCGGGAAAAACUAAGGAAAAUUGGGAAAAUCGGUACAGCAUUAAACAAAUUUUAUUAAAGAAAGUAUAUAAAACUUAUUUAAUUAUUUUACUUUAAAAUGAUAUAUAUAUAUUGUUGACAAAGCAUCACUAUCAACUGAACUCCACUUAGAAUCGAUUUUUCGUAAGCAAUGGUUUAUUGUUGCUUACAGAUAUACAUUAAAUUCCUGUCAAUAUCCUACGUUUUCAACUUCUCACCUACAUUAGUGACUGCACCCAUCCUCAUUAUCUUACUUUGUUUUUUUUUUUAUAUUUCUACAAUUGAACUUCAAAAUUGGAUCUUUCUGUUUAAUAAUUGACAAUAAUGUAUUUGGUGGAGUAUUAAAUUCAUUGGCGAUUUCACAUUUUUUACAAUCAUCGUUUUCAACUAACUGUAUUAAACGAACUUUAUCCGAAAUUGAAAGGAAAUUUAAUUUCCGCUUAUUUUCAAUUUCACUAUACUGUACAAACGACCACAAAUAUUAACUACUUACUAAGCACUAUUGAGUAAAGUGGUAGUUCCUAAGGGAUUUCAAUGUAAUUUGAGAUAAUGAAAAAUUUUAGAUGGUGAUGUUUGGCAUUAGAAGAAUAUAGUGUAUUUCAUAUUUUAAUAAAAAAAAUUUGUUUAGGUUGAAAACAGAGAUUUGUUUAGUCCAAGUCGAUUAACUGUCCGCGAAAAGCAAGUUUUGCAACUCCGAAAAGAAAUGUCUCACCUUGCAGGAGUUAGAUUACAGCUAAGACGUAAAGAUUGCAUUAAUACUAUAGCUUUAGUAGAUGUCUUCCAAACUGUCUGGAUUGCUGGUUGGAAACAAAAAGAACACCCUAUGUUGCAUAAUGCAUUGCACAUAGGUGAUCAGUUGUUGAGUGUUGCUGGAAAACCUAUAACCUGUUCAAUGGAUGCUCAUAAAUUUAUAAGGGCAUGGCCAAGUCUUUAUGUUAGUAAUUUUCAUUAAUGAGGAUAUGUUUAAAAAUAAUAUCUUGUGUUGAACAUCAGUUAAUGUGAUUGAAAAUAUAUUAAUAUUACAAAAUCUUCAGGUUGAACUAAUUAUUCGGCGUGUUCCUUGUGGCCGAGUAUUUGUGGUGAGACGACAGGAACAAGGUCAAGAUCUCGGUAUAAUCCAAGAAGGUGGUACAGCUGAAAUUAAGGAUAUAUUACCUAAUAGUUUAGCUGCUGCUCAUGGACUAUCAGCUCGCACUCCUACAUUAGAUGGAUUGUCAUUAACCACUUGGACACUUACAGAAAUCAAUUCUCGCCCCUUAAACUUGUUAUUUAAAGACACUGAAGUUAGAGACCGUCUAAAUGCAGUUGGACUAGAUAUAUCGUUAUUAGUACAACCUACAGAUCUUAUAUCAGCAUUGCGUAAACAGCUUAAGGCCUUAAAAGCAUUCAAAGACUACUUGUUGAUAUAAAAUUCACUAAAAUUAAUGGUAAUGUAAUAUACUUUGUUAAUAAGGCAUAUUUCAUAAUAUUAAUAAGUAAUUGUACAUUUUAAUUUACUCUGUUAAAAAAAAUUACAAUACAUUAGUCAAGUUUUAUGGUACUUACUAUAAAACACUACUCUUAAUAAACUUAAAGGUUUCAAUUGAAAAAUAUGAUGAGCUUCAAUUUAAAAAAAAAGUUUGAAAUAUUGAAAUAUUUUCAUUUGCCUACUAUAAUCAGAAGUAUUUUAAAUUAAAAUUACUCUUAUUGGAUACUGGAAGAUCAAUUAUUAUUUUUGAUAAUCUUAGUAUAUUUAAAACUCUCUCUCGUGGCUUUUAUAACUUACAGUUUCACCGCCAUCACACCAUAUAAUAAUAUGAAUUAUCUCUCUCCAUUCAUCUAUUCCCAUAAUUUUUCAAUACUUUUGACAAAAUCAAAAGAUUUAAUUCAAAGACAUUUUAUUAAGAGUAAUUUUUGGUUGAUGAUUUGUCAAUAUUUUGUAAAUUAUUAUGUUUUGCGGGUAAUAACUUUGACUUUCUCUUUAUCUACUAUACAAUUGUAUUUGUUUUUUAUUAAAUUUUGAUGAUUUAUCAUGCCAUUUUUUGUUCAGUUAUAAUUUUAGUUACAAACCAUUAAAAAAAAAAUGAUUUUGAUGUUUUUUGACCCUAAAAUUUCUGUUCAUAAUAUUUGUAUACUGAAUGUGUAAUACAUUAAUCAAAGCAACAUUGUUUGUUUAAGUAUUACUAUUUAAUUUAUAUUAUAUUAUAUUCUAAAUUCUUAUCAACGUAUAGGUUUGUAAACUAAUAGUAAUACAAAGCAAAACUAGUAUUGCUAAUACUGCAUUUGUAAAAGUAUAAUAAUGUAUAAUAUAUAUAUAUUUGCAUACAAAUUACUGGUUUAGCUUUAUAGUGUACACUUUAAGCAUUUCACUAGCAUUCAAAUAAUAAUACGGAUAACAUAUUAAUAAAAUAAUUAUUAAUUUUGUAUUUUGUUUAGGAAAACAUCACGAAUGCAGGGUGAACACAGACAUUAGUUAUUAUUUUUUAUUCAUUACACAUCAAACUAUAUUUUAUCCACACCAAAAGUAUUUUUAUAUGACAUACAAUUUAUCAGUCUGAAUCAAAAAUGGGCUUCAAAAUGUUUACCUGGAUAUUGUAGGACUUUGAACCAUGGUUUUCUGUGAUAAUUUGAACAAAAAUAAUACAAGUUUUAAUAAAUUUAUAAUGAUACCUUUACAUAUUUGUAAUUUUUUUUAAUGAUUUUGAAUUGUGAAAUCAUUCUAAAUAAAUUAACUAUUUAUUUUAUUACCAUAUAAUUGUGCAAUAUUUUUAAAUUUUGUUUUGUUUUCGUUAUAGUUAUGUUUUUUAAAAUUAAUUUGUAAUAUGUUUUAGUUUAUUUUAACACAUGUUUUUAUCGAGUGUUCAACUAAGCCAUACAAUAGUAGCACCAAAAUCCAAAAAAAGUGUUUGGUAAAACUAUUCAUUAUACCCACCUACACAAAAUACUCAAAAUAGCAUAUAAAUAAAUAAUAAUUAUCACAUUAAAAUUGGAUUUUGGUGUAUUUCAGUUAUACAAAUAUUUUUGUUUGUAAUUAUUUGCAUGUUUUAUGUUAAAAUUAAAUGUAAAUAUUAUAACUACAUUUUUUAAGAGAAUUAAUUUUAAAUUUAAUAAGCACAGAGUGCUUUGUGCUAUUUUAUAGACUAUAUUAAUUUAUAGUUAAUGACUUAAAUAUUAAACAUUUAAUUACAUUCCCAUGUGUAUCAACCAUUUAUUGUUACUUUAUUAUUUUCUGGCAAAGGAGCUACUAAAAUAUUAAAUAUUUAUAUAUUAUAAUUAUGCUAAAAAGUUUGCCCAAUUACAGUACCU